AACGACUUGUUAUGGUCCGUCUGCCGUCAUCUGAUAUUCAAUUUUGUUGCGUAAAAAAAAAAGAAAAACCAAAAUAAAUUAAUAUAAUAAUAAUAAAUUCAGGUAUAGUGCAUGAUGCAUCUUCAAAGCUCCAAUUAUUAUAAUUAACAGUUUAAAGGUAUUUUUGUAGCCAUAUUCGUCUACAUUUAAGGCUUUUAAGUUUUAUUCACUUAUAUUAUAUUUCGGACUUGUUACUGUAGAUUAUAGUUACCCUAGUGAUACGACGAUUUCAAGGACGAAGAAAUCCAAAACAAAGAUUUGAUGUGUCGUAGUCCAAUAAUAGAUUAUCGUAGAGGAGGGAAAAGCGUUUAAAUCUUGCCAUCGCGUAGCAAGACUGGCCUCGAGUGGCGAUUCUGAUGACGGUGGGCUUGUUCCACCACCGCGUAAGAAAAGGCACUUGGAUACGGAAGAGACCAUGUUGCAGCCAACCAAUGGGUGUUUGCAACACAAUGGAUCGGUGGAUCAGCCAUCAUCCAGUUCCACCGUUAAUGGAUCAGCCAAUGGAGAUGGUCAGGAACAAAGUAAUAGCUGUAAUAUUAAGGGCAAGUCAAGCCAGGAGAUCGUUCGUCUAAUAGGUCAACAUUUAAAGCUUAUCGGGCUUAAUCAAACUGCAGAAGUGUUAAUGCAAGAAUCUGGAUGUUGUUUGGAACAUCCUGCUGCCACUCAAUUUCGCCAUCAUGUAAUGGAUGGUGAAUGGCACAAGGUUAGUGCAGAUCUGAACGAACUUCAAGCUUUGGUAGGGAAUUCAUGUCAAUAUUUUUCAGAUAUGAAAUUUUUAAUAUGUGAACAAAAGUAUUUGGAAUAUUUAGAGGAUGGUAAAGUUUUGGACGCAUUACAUGUGUUGCGUAAUGAGUUGACACCUUUGCAACACAAUAUUGACAAAGUUCAUAUUCUCAGCAGCUAUAUGAUGUGUAGUGGACGAGAUGAGUUAAUGAAACGAGCAAAUUGGGAGGGAAAAGGACAUAAAUCUAGAACUCUACUAAUGGAUAUGAUUCAACAAUUUUUACCCCCACAUAUUAUGCUACCACCCAAAAGGUUACAUAUUUUAUUGACUCAGGCAGUAGAACUGCAGAGAAAGCAAUGUUUACUCCAUAAUACAAAGUUAGAUGGUCCCAUUGAAACAGUUUCCUUACUUACUGACCAUAAGUGUUCAUUAGAACAAAUUCCAUAUGAAACCGUCCAAAUACUAACUGAACAUUGUGAUGAAGUAUGGUUUUGUCGGUUUUCACCUAAUGGAAAAAAAUUAGCAACUGGCUCAAAAGAUGCAUCCAUUAUAAUAUAUGACGUUGAUCCAGAAACAUUAACUGUAGAACAAUCAAUCACUUUAGAUGGCCAUUCAUAUGGAGUUAGCUACCUUUCAUGGUCUCCAGAUGGCGAACUUCUCAUGGCUUGUGGGCCAGAAGACUGUCCUGACUUAUGGGUGUGGAAUGUCAGUACUGGUGUUUUGAGGUUAAAACUCUCACAUUCAUCAGACGAUUCAUUAACUGCCUGUUCUUGGCACAAAGAUGGCCAAAAAUUUGUAUGUGGGGGAAUCCGAGGACAAUUUUAUCAAUGUGAUUUAGAAGGUUCUGUAUUAGAUUCAUGGGAAGGUGUUCGUGUAAAUUGUCUUUGGUGUCGAUCUGAUGGAAAAACUGUGUUGGCAGCAGACACACGUCAUCGAAUUCGCUCAUACAAUUUUGAUGAACUAAGUGAUCAAAAUUUAAUACAAGAAGAACAUCCUAUAAUGUCAUUCACAGUUAAUAAAACUGAUCGUCUUGCACUUCUAAAUGUUGUAACACAAGGUGUUCAUUUAUGGGAUCUCCAAGAUAAGUGUUUAGUAAGAAAAUUUCAAGGAGUUACACAGGGCCAUUUUUCAAUACAUAGUUGUUUUGGUGGUGUUGAUCAUGAUUUUAUUGCUAGUGGAAGUGAAGAUAACAAAGUAUAUUUGUGGCACAUUAAGAAUGAACUACCAAUAACAACAUUAAACGGUCAUACAAGAGCAGUUACAUGUGUUAGUUGGAACCCUGUUUAUCAUCAAAUGCUUGCAUCGGUUUCGGAUGAUUGUACUGUUCGUAUUUGGGGUCCUGCUGCUAAAUACCGUAAACAAAAAUCUAACAAAAGUGAUAUAAACAGCGAUUCUGGGUCACCUUCCAAACAUAUGUAAAAAAAAAAAUUUAUUGAGACUAUUUGAAAACAAAUAUUGUAUAGUAAAUUUUGUUUUGCCAUUAAUAAACUUUAUAAUUUAAAA